AGGGGCUGCUGGGAAGCAGUGAAGUCAUCAUUAAGCGCGCCGCUGUCGCCGUCCUCUGACGUCGCCGCCGCGCUUUGCCUCCGAAAAGGGUCCUCUGUCGCCGGCGCCACCCUCGCCCUGCCGCACCCGCGCUGACAGCGGCAGGAGCUAUAGGCUGAGAUUAUGAGUUUGUUUAAUCUGGACCGCUUUCGCUUUGAGAAGAAGGCUAAAAAAGUGGAACAGGAAAAUCCACCUCCUUCUCUUCCCAUAGCUGAGAUACCAGCUGCUCCUUCUCCUGCUGCAGCAGACAAUGCUGCUGGUGGUGGUGGUGGUGAUGAUGAGGUUACAGAUGACAGCAGCAGGCCAGAUACUCCAAGAUCAGAUGUGACUGAGAAAACGGAAGACUCCAGUGUCCCAGAAACCCCGGAAGCACAGAGGACAAAGAAUUCAUCAUCUUUCAAGAAUCGAAGAGGGAUACAAUUCAUUGAUGUGUCUUCAGAUAGUGAGGAUCAAGGACCACCAAACUGUUCCAGUACAAAACAAGACAGUGUUCCCAUGAGCGAGGUGAUUGUAAUCUCUGAACAGUCUGAUGAUGAAGAGGCUGAAGAUGUACCACCUACAUUUACAUAUACAAAUGAUGCAGACCAGUUGCCAGACAUGGAUGAGGAGGAAGACAUCAGAGAUGCUAAACUCCAAACACUGAAGGAACUCUUUCCGCAAAGAAGUGACCAAGAAUUAUUACAAUUGAUAGAAUCAACCAGCACAAUGGAUGAAGCAAUAGCUGCUGGUCUGAAGUUUAAUGAUGAAGCUGCAUCCCGAAAAAGGAAACUAAGCCAAUCACCCACAAACAAUUCUGAAGACAGUGGUGACCAAAUUUCAAAAAAGCAAAGAACGAACUCUCUAGAAGGGGAAGAAUCUCAAAAAGAAUGGGAAAAGCAAGAAGCUCUUGUAAAGAAACUGCAAAAUAAAUUUCCCAGUUUGGAUAAAGAGGAACUGAAAGAUGUACUUCAAGAACAUAACUGGGUGUUUCAUGAAGCACUGGAGUCUUUAAAAGUAUUUGCAGAAGACCAACAGGAUGUGCAAUAUCCUUCCAAAAGUGAAGUUUCUAGUUGGAACGAAGUCUCCACAAAUAGCAAAAAGCACUAUAAUAAUGACACUAAAGUGAAGGUGAAACAGAAAUCUUCUGCAAAAGCUCAGAAUGGCUUUAGGAAAAAAGAUAAAGGCAAAAAAGGUGUUUGGAGGACUAAACGAGAAACAGAAGAUUCAGAAUACGAGUCAGCUUCAGAAGGCGGUAGCUCCCUUGAUGAGGACUACAGCAGUGGUGAUGAAGUGAUGGAGGAUGGUUACAAAACUAAAAUAGUUAGCUUCCUGCAAGAUGCUUCACUAGGUGAACUCACUUUGAUUCCUCAGUGUUCUCAGAAAAAGGCUCAGAAGAUAACGGAGCACCGGCCCUUUAAUAGUUGGGAAGCUCUGUUUACAAAAAUGAGUAAGACAAAUGGAUUAUCAGAAGAUAUUAUAUGGAACUGCAAAAUAUUGCUCAAAGAGAGAGAUGUGGUUCUAAAACUCAUGAACAAAUGUGAAGACAUUUCAAAUAAAUUGACAAAACAAGUUACCAGGAUCACUGAAGAUGGAGGAUGUGGAUGGAAUAUAGAGCAACCUUCCAUUCUGAAUCAAAGUAUGGAGCUCAAGCCCUAUCAGAAGAUAGGUUUGAACUGGCUAGCGCUACUGCAUAAACAUGGAUUGAAUGGUAUUUUAGCUGAUGAAAUGGGUUUAGGAAAAACAAUACAAGCUAUAGCAUUCCUGGCAUACCUCUACCAAGAGGGUGAUAAAGGUCCUCAUUUGAUUGUUGUGCCAGCUUCAACUUUAGAUAACUGGAUAAGAGAGGUUAAUCUGUGGUGUCCUGCUCUUGAUGUCCUUUUUUAUUAUGGAUCCCAAGAGGAUCGUAAGCAACUCAGAAUUGACAUUAAUAAUAAAGUUGUAAAUUUCAAUGUGAUUGUGACCACGUAUAACUCUGCAAUUAGCAGUGCAGAUGACCGUAGCCUGUUUCGCCGUCUGAAGCUUAACUAUGCAAUCUUUGAUGAAGGUCACAUGUUGAAGAACAUGGGUUCUGUACGCUACCAGCACCUAAUGACAAUUAACGCGAAGAAUCGUCUGCUGCUAACAGGCACUCCAGUUCAAAAUAACCUGUUGGAAUUAAUGUCUCUAUUGAAUUUUGUCAUGCCACAUAUGUUCAGUGGUAGCACCAGUGAAAUCCGGAGGAUGUUCUCUUCAAAAACAAAAGCUGCUGAAGAACACAGUAUAUAUGAAAAGGAGCGGAUUGCUCACGCGAAGCAGAUCAUAAAGCCAUUUAUCUUGAGAAGAGUAAAGGAUGAGGUCCUUAAACAACUACCCCCCAAAAAAGAUCUUAUUGAGUUGUGUGAUAUGUCAGAGAAACAGGAACAGCUGUACUAUGACCUCUUCAACAAACUAAAGAAAUCUAUUGACAGCCAGGAAAAAAACUCAGAAAUGGGCAAUGUCAUGAUGCAGCUGAGAAAAAUGGCAAAUCAUCCUCUCUUACACCGCCAGUAUUACACAGCUGACAAACUGAAGAUGAUGUCAAUGCUUAUGCUCAAGGAACCCACGCAUUGUGAUGCCAAUCCUGACCUCAUCUUCGAAGAUAUGUCUGUGAUGACAGAUUUUGAGCUGCAUUUGCUUUGUAAACAGUAUGCUAGUGUCAGUGACUUUAAGUUAGAGAUGGAUACAAUUUUGGAUUCUGGAAAAUUUAGAACACUUGAGCGCAUCCUCUCUGACCUUAAAGAAAAGGGUGAUAGAGUUGUAUUGUUUAGCCAGUUUACUAUGAUGCUGGACAUUUUGGAAGUUCUCCUAAAACAGCAACAGCACCGAUAUAUUAGGCUGGAUGGAAAGACACAGAUUUCUGAAAGGAUACAUCUGAUAGAUGAAUUCAACACAGAUAUGGGUAUUUUUGUAUUCCUACUUUCGACCAAAGCUGGUGGCCUAGGAAUAAAUUUGACUUCAGCAAAUAUUGUUAUUCUUCAUGACAUUGACUGCAAUCCUUACAAUGACAAGCAAGCAGAAGAUCGAUGCCAUAGAGUAGGUCAGACCAGAGAAGUACAAGUCAUAAAGCUAAUCAGCAAAGGGACUAUUGAGGAGUCUAUGCUCAAAAUCAGUCAGCAGAAGUUGAAGCUAGAACAAGAUAUGACUGCAGUAGAUUUAGGAGAAGAAGGGACCAUUCCAGCAGAUAUAGCCACAUUAUUAAAAACGUCAUUAGGUCUGUAAAAUGUAAAUAAAAUAGCUGUGGAUUUUAUUGGCGAGAAAAAGGCAAUGUGGUACACCCAUGGACUUUUACAUUACUGGUGACCAUAAGUUUUAUGAACAUUUAUAACUUUUUGUAAUUCCUUUUCUGUAUUUCUCAUGGUAUUGAAGAUUUUUAACACUGAUAGAAUUCUCCAGAUGCUUGAAAACAAAAUGUGUAAAUGCCACACACAUAUGUAGUGCAUAAAAUGUUGAAUAAUCCAUAUUUUACAAAGCCGUUUUAAAAAUGGGGACCUAGUUAGUGAUGACUUUACCAGCUCUGCUAAUGCUUAAGAUUUGUCAGUAUUUUUGUAAUUAUUUCUACCUCCCAAAUAUAUAUAAGAACUGUCUGUUUCACUGGAUAAUGUGUGUAGAUUUUUUUUACAUGUGCCUUAUUUGACAAUGCUCAUGUCUGUUUAUGCUUGUUUUUGUUCAUUUGAAGUACCGUACUGUUUUUGUAUCAACUUGUUCAAAUAAAAUUGUCUAGUUGA